GUGAAGAGAUGAUAAUUUAAGCAGAUAGUCAUGAAUAUGGCCUGGAUUCCCAAGUUACAUAACAGCUAGGUUUCUGUAAUGUCAGCCUCUUCACACUUUCGCCAGGUCUAAGCAUGCCUUGCUUACCUGACAGCUGUGCAAAUACAGACCUGGGAAAUCAAGGUUAGUCUGAUGUGUGUCUUUGAUGGAGCCAAACAAAUGACUCAGCCUGAACACAAUUUUUAUAGUUUGUUGAACAGUGCGCGAGUCACAUCUACUUGCGUGAAGUGUAGGGAAUUCAGAAGGUUUUUGAGGUGACUGGAUUAAUAUUUGACACUCUGAAUUGAUUCACCAGACUCAGGCCUUGAGGCUAAUAUGAAACACUGUUGGAUCAGAAUGUGUUGCCUACUGUUUGUGAAUGACUUCCUAUUCACAGAAUGUGCACUGGUUAAAUGACUCCCCUGUCAGAAAUUCUUUCUGGUGAACAUACGUUUUUAUUGUUCCCUUUUAAAGUUUAGUCAUCAAAGGGUGAAGGGAGGUCCUAGCCUUUAUUCGUUCAAGUUAUUGGUACAAGGUGACAGCACAAACAAGCUCUUUCUGAACCGUUACGUGCGUCACAGUGACUGAACGAUACGUCAGAGCCAUAGCAUACUUGCAAAAAACGUCCUGACCCACUUCACUGUGUUCAGUUUGAAGUCUUCCCAACAGUUAUCUCUGGCCCUGCUUCUCUGAACUUCAAAAGACCAAAACAAAAGCAAAAGACACAGCAUGUCCCAGAGCAGGGAAGAAAUAACAACCACAGUGUAUUUUUUCCAACAUUUUACAGCACCCAUUUUCUCCCCUGUGUUCCAUGUCUCUUUUUUUUCCUCACAUUUGUCUCUCUACCGUCUGUGGGCCACAUGGGCUCUCGCCUCGUCUCCCUGGCCCCUGAUGUGGCGUCUGCCUAGUGCUGUCUUCUCAUCCCCGCCGCGUGCUACAGGCUAAUUACUGAGUCACAGCCCCUGCCGAGCUGACUCCAGCACCCACCCCUCCUCCCAUAAGACAUUAGCCCUUCCCAGUCACUCUGAGGCUCUCUGGUGGGCUCCAGACCGCCUCCUGGGUGGUGGGAGGCCCUUGAGAUCUGGAGUGUGCGGAUGUUCCUUUACUGACUCCAGGAAGUAAAGAAAUGAUGUCACAGGCUCUUUUGGCCACUUUCAGCGGCUUCACCAGGGAACAACAGCGACUCUCCAUACCUAAAGGAGAUUAUACGGGUUUGGAAAAACAUCAGGACCCCCGCGAGUGGACGGAGGCGCACGUGAGAGAAUGGUUGACCUGGACGGUAAAUGAGUUUAGUCUGAAGAAUGUAGACUUCCAUAAGUUCAGCAUGGACGGGGCCAAUCUCUGUGCACUGGGCAAAGAGCGCUUCCUGGACCUGGCACCCGACUUUGUGGGCGACAUCCUCUGGGAACAUUUAGAGAUGCUGCAAAAAGAAGACCCGAAGCAUUUCCCUGUCAACGGUCUGACCUCCAGUUUCCAGGAAUCCCGCUACCCCUCAGACUACUUUUUCAACUAUGGCAUUGAGCAUCCUCAGUGUGUCCCUCCUUCCGAAUACUCAGAGCCUAGCUUCAUAACAGAGUCUUACCAGACCCUUCACCCCAUCAGCUCGGAAGACCUGCUGUCACUCAAAUACGAGAGCGAGUAUCCAAACGUUAUACUGCGAGACACACCUCUCAAUCCACUGCAGGGAGACUAUUUUUCAGUCAAACAGGAAGUUGUGUCACCUGACAACAUGUGUGUGGGUCGCAUUAGUAGAGGUAAGCUGGGAGGUCAAGAUUCAUUUGAGAGCAUCGACAGUUUCGAGAGCUGCGACAGGCUGACGCAGUCCUGGAGUAGUCAGUCGUCGUUCAACAGCCUACAGAGAGUUCCCUCCUACGACAGCUUUGACUCGGAGGACUAUCCCACUGCACUGCACGGACACAAACCAAAGGGCACCUUCAAAGACUACGUGCGGGAGCGCUCGGACCUCAGCAAGGACAAACCGGUCAUCCCGGCAGCUGCGCUCGCUGGGUACACAGGCAGCGGACCCAUCCAACUCUGGCAGUUUCUGUUGGAGCUCUUGACAGACAAAUCCUGCCAGUCCUUCAUCAGCUGGACUGGAGACGGCUGGGAGUUCAAGCUUUCCGACCCUGAUGAGGUUGCACGUAGAUGGGGCAAGAGGAAAAACAAGCCCAAGAUGAACUAUGAGAAGUUGAGUCGUGGUCUACGCUACUACUAUGACAAAAACAUCAUCCACAAGACGUCCGGCAAGCGCUAUGUCUACCGCUUCGUGUGUGACUUGAAAAGCCUGCUGGGAUACACUCCCGAAGAGCUCCACACCAUGUUAGAUGUCAAGCCGGACACGGAUGAGUAAAGUUUGGACGGGUAGUAAAAGGCUGAAAAAGUCCCUCACAGACCCUGGAAAGAAAAGAAAAAACGGGUCGUCCAUUUCUGGGUCCAAUCACAUUCCAUCUUAUCACUUAGUCGUGGUCCAGUCUUGUUUUGAGCUCAUACGGGACACAAAAGGAAGCGUCAAAACAUUUACCAAAGUUUAGAAUCUGUAGACUUUGUGCAUCUAUAUUGUUUAUAGUUCUGCGGGGAAGGGAAAACUCUAAGUUCAGGUAGAACUGCCGUUUUUGUCCCAGUAGCACAAACACCGGGAAGGAACAGAGGACAAAGAGAUGGACAUUUCUUGGACUGAAUGCUCCUGUUAUUAAACGCGUUGCCAAAAUUAGAGACAAGAGGAAUAUCGCAGAAAUAUUUACAAUUAAGUUACUUACUGUUUCUGUCUCCUUGCAUACCCACCAGGAGGAAGUGAGUUCUCAGCCGGACCAAAAGUUUUUAUUUUGUAUUUUUUUUUUUUUUUUUUUUUUUUUAUUGUUUCUUAAAGAUCUGUAUGUGUCAGUAUUAAUUUGUGGAGAGACCAAUCGUAUUGAGAUGCUGUCCGGACAGAGAUUGCGCCGUUUUGUACAUUUUCAUAUGCAGAAGAUGAAGGUUUAUUGAAGUCGAACUGUGCUUAGAUAUUCUCUCCGCUUCUUUUAAGGUCACGUUCGGUUGCUCUUACCACAAUGUCCAUAGCUGAAAAUGCUGUUUUUGAUCACCAGAUCAAAAUAGAUACCAGAGUCUCACCCUUUUCAGUUGAAAGAGACGUACCUCAGUCAAACUGAGAGACACAAAUGAAAGCGGCCGUUGGCUUCUCAACGGUGACAGUCGCAGCACACGCACGCGUUUGUGGUGAAAAAGAGUUUUUGACACCGCUGGUGUCGUUUCAUCACUUGUUUUAAGACAAAAGACAUCAAACAGUUCUUGCCUUGGUUUGUUUGUAUGUGAAUAAUUUUUUUCAUAAAGUCUUGCCUUAAUAUAGCACAUUUAUGAACUUACUGUGUCUUCUCAAGGUAAACUGAAACAUGUGUAGGAAGGUGACAUCUGAAAUGUCAUUCAACUGGGCCUCUUCGCAAUCAAACGGUUUGCUGGCAGUGCUAGACUGAACCGAAAGCCAUAAACCCGCGCCAUGCGAGGUGUUGUAACCUUGUGAACGAUCUUGUGCGCUUUAGCCAUGUGGAGAAGCGCACGCUUCAGCAUGCAUCUGGAUAGUCAAAGUACGUGAGAUGGAUUUUGCAGCGGCAAAGAAAGAUCUUUUGAGGAGGUGUUUAAUUUUCGAGAUGGUUUGUGAAAGUGACUGUUAAUGGUAGCGGCUGAUAUAAUGUUAAGAUAGGAGGACCACCAGAUCAUGCUGAUACUUUCGGCAGCUUUAAAGAUGAUGGCAUGUGCUACUACUGGCUAACAAAUGUCACAAGAUCGAAAAUGGGAGUGCGUUUUGUAAUGGUUCAUUUAAAUGCAGUAUUAUGGCCAUUGAACUGAUUUAGUCAUCGCUGGGUGUGACUUAAGCCACAGUUAUAGUGCAGUUUCCAUGAAAUGAAUAACAUACCUUAAAUGUAGUCGUUUAGAGAAACUGCACAUACAAAUGUGCAACAUUGACACUGAAAUGUAAAGUUUUACCAGUAUUUUCAGUACGUUUUGUGCCGUCUUCAGCACAGCAUUUCGACUGUUUCACUGUGUGGGAAGGGUCUCGAACACAAGACCUUGUGGGAAAAGCCAAAGUAAAGAACGUUCUUCUAAGAAAACAAAUCGUAUUGUUUACACAGGCGGAUGCUACCCAUCCUAAUUGGUGGAGCUUUGGAAUUGUCUAUUUUUACAGAUAACAUUUCAUAAAAUAAACCAUAUUCACAAGAGCUCAGAAUAAAGUCUUUAAGCUCGUUUUAGUCAUGAACAACAAAAAAGUGCUACAUCACCUGAACAAGCUAAAAAUUCUCACUGAAAUAGCAAGAGAGAGCAUGCUCUGACAGAAGCGUGAUUUUUGUUAAAGCCCACAGUGAUGUUACCUGACAUAUUCUUAAACCACACCGAAAGCCAGCGACAUGUAACAUGGAAACAUGACUUAUUUUAAGAAGUUCCAGAUCAUAAUGCAGUCUUUGUCUUGAUUGUAAAAAGUGAUGCAUUUGUGUGAAAAGAUGCUUGUUCAUACUGAGGAGUGUUUUUAUUUCCCCACAAUUUUGCCUUAUUUUGUAUAUUUUAUAUUUCUGUAUUUUUUUUUUUUUUUGUUAAAAUGAGAAUUUUAAUGUAUUUAGUUCACAAACAUUUUGAUAUUUUUCAAUAAUUUAUAUUUUAUAAACUUUGAAAUAUGAGAUGCAGACAGCUGGUGCUUUCGUGGGAAAAAAAAAAAAAAAAGGUAGCGCAGGACAAAAUGUAGCGAUUUUUUUUUCUUUUAUAUGAAAAUGAAAAGGAAAAAUAAAAAAAAUAAAAAAAGUUGAAUUUAAGGAAUUUAAAGACCUGUCUGCUUAUACAGUUCUGUAUAGAUAAGGCUGAUGCUGGCCCAUCAUUACGUUCCGCUGGAGAGUUUUAUAAACAGUAGCUUCUAUUUCUUAUUGUACUUUAAAUUGUUAUGUUAUUAAAAUAUAUGUGGACAAAAUGA